AUGAGAACCAAGAGGCAGCUCCUGUUGCGGCUGCUGCUCGUCCAGGCAACGGCCCUGGCGGUAGCCGGCGGGGCCAUAGAGCAGCCCGGUACGCUGCUAUCGGACGCGGAUUACGCCGGCCCGAACGGUGGCAGCGGUGUCGGUAGUGGUGUCGGUGGUGGCGGUGAUGGCGGUGGGCUCCUCGACGAGUGCGACCCCGACAUGGUCGGAUUCGAGCUCGUCACCGGCUAUGUGUACACCGCCCCCAAGAACAUGAUAGAGUCGAUACCCGGUAGCCUCAUGCUCACCGAGUGCCUCGAGACUUGUCAAUCCAACGACUCGUGCCAGGCGGUCAAUUACGAGACGGGGCUCUGUGUCCUCUUCAGCUCCAACGCCGACAGCAAUCCCGGUGCGCUGUCGCAAUCGCAGUUCCCGGUGUUCACGAUUUACGCGCAAAAGAGCUGUCUGUCGGUGAAGCCGUGCGACCGCGCCUGGUGCAUCGACAGAGUCCAGGGCCACAGGCUCCAGGGACACACGCGCCGCACCACAAACACCUCGGACCGCCAGCACUGCCUUGAGCUCUGCCUCGGCGAGAGGGAGUUUCUCUGUCGAUCCGCUAACUACGUUAACGCAACGGGAGCGUGCGAACUCUCGGACAUGGACAGACUGACUGUGGCUGGUUCCGGGGCCUUGGAGGCAGUCAAGGGCGUCGACUACCUCGAAAAUCACUGCGUGGACGAGCCCGUCAAACUGUGCGAGUUCAAAAAGAUCACGGGUCGCAUCCUCAAGACCGUCGACUCGGUUUACCAGGACGUCGCUACAACCGAGGAGUGCCGCGAGCUUUGCCUCAAUUCGCCGUUCCGGUGUCACUCUUACGACUACGGUGACACUGGUGACAUGGUCUGCCGGCUGAGUCAUCAUGCCAGAGCUACCUUGUCCGACAUACAGGAGCCAUACCUCGACGUACCCGAGGCCUCGACCUACGAGCUGAGCUCGUGCUACAAUGUAUCCAUAGACUGCCUGGCCGGGGACAUGGUGGCGCGCAUCCAGACAAGCAAGCUCUUCAACGGCAAAGUGUACGCCAAGGGCUCGCCCAACUCGUGCGUACAGGACGUCAAAGGCGCCCUCGAAUUUGAGCUGCGCAUGGCCUACGACGAUCUCGAGUGCAACGUCAAACAGCAGGGCCUCGGCCGCUACCUGAACGACGUGAUAAUCCAACACCACGACACGAUAGUCACGAGCUCGGACCUCGGGCUGGCCGUCACCUGCCAAUACGACCUGACCAACAAGACCGUGUCGAACGAGGUCGACCUCGGGGUCCAUCGCGACAUCAACCCCGUGCUGACCGAGGAGGUGGUCGUCGACUCGCCCAACGUGGCCAUGAAGAUAACCGACCGCAGCGGCAACGAGGCCAUACCAUCGGCCGAAGUUGGCGACCCGCUCGCCCUCAAAUUCGAGAUCCUCGACCCCAACAGUCCCUACGAGAUCUUUGUCCGGGAGCUCGUCGCCAUGGACGGCGUGGACUCCAGCGAGAUCGUCCUCAUCGACUCGAGGGGCUGCCCCACCGACCACGUCAUCAUGGGUCCUCUCUACAAGUCAUCCACCUCCGGCAAAAUCCUGCUGUCGCACUUUGACGCCUUCAAGUUCCCGAGCUCGGAGGUCGUGCAGUUCCGGGCCCUGGUGACGCCGUGCAUGCCGAGCUGCGAGCCCGUCCAGUGCGACCAGGAGGAGUCGACGGGCGAGCUGCGCUCCGUCAUAUCGUACGGGCGUAGGCGCAGGCGUCGCUCGGCCUCGCCCUCCCAGCUCCGGGAGGACCUGCUGCUCGUCCAGUCGAUCCAAAUAACCGACAAGUUCGGCUUCGAGCAGCGCGAGCACGCCCGACACCCCGGCAACGGCACCAACGGCCACCACCACCUCAACAACCACCUCGGGGACGACGUGUACGCGGAGCUCGACGAGCCAGCCGCCACCUCGGGCCUCAUGGGUGUCUGCAUGAACACGGCCGAGGCCCUCGUCGCGGGCAGCGUGUUCCUCGUGGCCCAGGUAGCCGUCAUAGCCGCGUGGGCCUUCACCUGGCAGCGUCGCCGUCAAAUUCUCAAGCACCAGGAGGCCCUCUCGGUGUCGGUGUCGGUGCCCGGGCUCCACAGCGGCAGGGCCGACAGUCUCUGUAAGCUCUACGACGCCCAGGCCUACUCGCGCCGCUUCUGA